AUGUCGCGCGUCAAGAAGUCUAAAUCCUCCGCCUCCUCCUCUGUCGCGUCUACAGUGGACGGUCGCCCGAACCGAAUGGAAAGUUCCGGCCCAAUUUCUAUGGAAUCCGUCAAGAAUCCGCGACCGGUUCGCAUAACUGUGAGCAGGCCUUCUCAAUGUCAGGUGCCGCGAUACACUUCUGGCAACGCUGUGUCGCACAAGACAGGCAGCAUAGGAGCAGUUCACGGACUCCGUACAUCAUCUACCGGACAGGAUGCAGUUCACAAAAUGCGCUCCCUGCCUCCGUUGUCGGAUGGCAGAUAUAAUGUGCAAACGAAUGCUUCCAUGAGGGCAAAAUCCCCACUUCAAGCUCCCCUUCCUGAAUCACGUGAUUCCGAGUGUGAGGAGAGAACAGCCCCACCAGCGCCGUCGUCAUCAAGACCGGUUUCGUGGUCUGCAAUAAAAUACCCGCUCACGACCGAUGUGUAUGACAAGAUAGCCGCUUCUAGAAAAGGAUUAACGACAGUACGACCAGCUGCAGACUUGCGGCAUGACAGUACUGUUGGAAGCAAUCAGAUUCAGGCUGACAUGCAGCCCCAGUCAAGAUUGGAUGUGGAAUUGAAUGUGUGUACUCCACAAGCCUUACAAGAGAGUGGUGCGUCAUCGCUUACGCAAGAUGAUCCGAAACCUCAGCAACCUCGAUUAUUAGCUCACGUGAUAGAGCUUGUGGUCACUCAAGGUACCGUAGCUUCUUCGUCACCAGGAAACGUUACAUGCCCACUUUUCCUAGAGCUGAGUAUCACACCUCAUGUGGCCACUCUGUCAGAGCAGCAGAAACAACGACCAACGCUGCACGCCCCUCUCCCAACGCUUUUGGAACGGGACCAAACGUGUCCGGAAGUACAACAGCUUCAGCCUCCAAGGGAGCUCACGGAUCGGAUAGAAAGCCAGGAUGCUGUAGCUACCAUGUCUCCAGAAAGAUUCGGGGCUCCAUCUUUGCAGCAGCAUGUAAAAUCAGAACCUGAUGAGGAACAACAGCCAGCUGAGCACCUGGCUGCCUCCAGAACUGGUGACGAACCUCCGCCGAAAUCUCCACCGCCUAUGCUGCAGUACAGCCCACGGACACCCCAAGGCUCCAGUUCUCCGACGCAAGAGCCGUCCACGCCCGUUGCGCAUGUGCAGUCAUCUCGAGAGAUGGCUUCUUCAACUAUUGAGAACUUCGCGGAUGUCAUGUCACCGUGCACACCGCCACUCGCGCCGUGGUCACUCCCAAAUGGCUCCCCUUUCACACAGCAAACCGAUUUUGUGUAUAAACAAGAUGUCAGUGGUAAUUACGCAUCACCGUUCUCGCCGAUAUCAGUUUCGCCGUGCACAGAGAUCGUCGAAUACGUACAUGGGCUAGAUGUCAGUGAGGGCCUUGUUUCACCACCGACUCCGUUUCCAAGCCCGGGGCUGUUUCGCGGAUCUAUGACGCCAGUUGAAAGCGUUGUAAAUCCUGUGAUAGCUCCAUCCAUGCCUUUGACCAAGAAGGACUUCUUAGAAAGCGAAGGUUCCACUAGCCCUCCUGCUUCUGAGUCAUUUAGUACUCCUCAACAGACAGUAUCGGGUCCUAUAGAAGCAGUUAAAAGCGAAACUCUUGAAGCGUCUACCGAUUCUCAUGAAACAGUCUUAGCAAGGGAAGGUCCCACGGGUUCUCCGGCUUCUGAGCAAUCGAGCACAUUGAGUCAAGUCGAAGAGACGAAGGGUAAAACUUCGGAAACGCAAUCCACCUCACAAGAAACAGGCGCGCUCCCACUGCCAGAACAAAAAGACAGCAGUUCUCCUGCAGCACGGCGGUCAGCUAGUUCUGAUCAGCAAAAAGAUUCACAUCCAGGGAGGGCUUCUGGUUCAGAAGUUGCGCUCCCAAAGAGAGUACCAUCUCCUGUUGAGCCAGCAACCCCAACAAAAGUUGUCGCACCAUUCAAGUCAGAACACGAAGAAAGUUGCCUGAAAUUGCCCGAAAAACCGCUGCCGGUCGACCGAGGUGUCGCCUCAAUGCGUGAUAGUAGACAUUUGGUACGUGCACUGACACCCACUUCCUCGAUAGACGAAAUACGUGGCUCGAGAGAAGGGAAAAGAGGAAGAGAUAUAGAAGAGUCUUUGGAUGCCGAGCCCGGAGGGUCUGAGGUGUCGCUCGUCUCUCUCGAUGAGAAACGACACUGCGAGCAGAGCAGAAUUAACGUUCGACGUUUAAGUAGCCGUACGACAAAGAUACAUUCGAAGCGCUCCCACGAGAUGGUCGAGUAUGUUCCCGGGGUAUCUCAGAUCAGAGAACUGGGAUCACCAAGGUCAGAAACGGAUACACGGUCACCGGGUUCACCUAGGAAAGAAACGGAUACGCGCUCACCGGGUUCACGUAGGUCAGAAACGGAUAUACGGUCACCGAAAUCUAGAAACCUCAAAGAAUCGCACUCAGAUACCUCCGUUAAGCUGGUUAAGUGA